AACGCAACAAUGCCUACUGCGGUUUCGACAAAGAAUUCAAUGAAUGGGAUCAAGAGGAAAGGAGCUCCUUCUAAGGAUGCUCAUGCAAAGGAGACCAAGAAACCCAAAAUUGAUUCGGGUCUCAAAUCAGCAAUGAAAAGCAAGAAGGCGAAACCGGUCAAGAAAUCUGAGGAACCGAGCGGCUCAGAUUCUGAUGGAGGAGUUCCUCUGGAUAGCAAGAAAUCAGCAGAUUCAGAGGAUCUCGACGAGUCAGACACUACAGAAUUCGCUGACGACGACGACAAGCCAUCUCCAGUGGCUAAAGAUGGUAUACAUCCUGAGCGAGCAAAAGCUGUUCUGGUGAACAGUCAAUCAUCGAAAGAAGCGCAUGCAAAGCAAAAGCAAUUGGCCCUGGAACGAAAAGCAGCCAAGCCUUUGGCAGAAUCAUUGGCCCGCACGAAGAAGAUAUGGGAGCGUCUCCGCCGGAAGUCACACGUCCCACAUCAGGAGAGAAAGGAGCUGGUUGCGGAAUUAUUUGAAAUUAUCACCGGCAGGAUCAAGGACUUCGUAUUGAAACAUGACAGUGUCAGAGUCAUUCAGACUGCCAUCAAAUAUGCCAAUUUGGAACAAAGGAAAAUGAUUGCAAGGGAGCUCGGGGGUUCAUAUCGACAGCUUGCGGAGAGCAGAUACGCCAAAUUCUUGAUUGGGAAGCUGUUGGUUCAGGGCGAUAAUGAGAUCAGAGACAUCAUCGUGCCGGAGUUCUUUGGAAAUGUCCGUCGACUUAUCAAGCAUCCUGAAGCUUCAUGGAUCCUUGAUGAUGUGUAUCGUGGGGUAGCAAGCAAACAACAAAAGGCGAUCAUACUUAGAGAAUGGUAUGGUGCUGAGUUUGCUCUAUUCCAAAAGGACAGUUCGGAGAAAGUGGAAUCAGAUCUUUCCAAGAUCCUGUCUGAGAAUUCGAGCAAACGUGCUCCAAUCAUGCGUUCUUUACAUGAACUCAUCAAUCAUCUCAUCCAAAAGAAGAUGACCGGAUUCACACUUUUGCACGACGCCAUGCUACAGUACUUCCUUAGCGCGAAACCAGGUACCGAAGAGAUUACUGAUUUUAUUGAAUUAUUAAAGGGCGAUGAAGAGGGGGACUUGAUGAAGAACUUGGCAUUUACUAAGUCUGGAUCGCGAGUUGUUUGUCUCGCAUUGGCAUAUGGAACUGCCAAGGACCGAAAGCAAAUCCUGAAGACGUACAAAGAUACUUUACAGCUGAUGGCAGGCGACCCUAAUGGUCACAAUGUCAUCCUCGCAGCCUACGAAGUCAUUGAUGACACGGUCCUGACCUCCAAAUCGAUCUUCCCAGAACUGCUGAGCAAGGAUGCGGAAAAACAGGUCGAGAACAUUGUCUUCUUUGCCAACGAUAUCAAUGCUCGCACGACGCUCCUUUAUCUCUUCCAAGGUCGAACCAAGGCCUUAUUUCCACCAAGUCUCUCGUCAGAUCUCGAGCUUCUAGCAGAGGUCGAUACCGUCCGCACGACGACUAGCAAGAAGGACCCCGAAAUCAGGCGAAGCGAGUUAGCGAAGGCCUUAUCUCCAUAUCUCCUAAAUGCCAUCCCCGCUGCAGCAGCAGAUCUUGUUGCUACAUCUUUUGGUUGCCAAUUCAUUACCGAGGUGUUGCUUGGAGCUGAAGGCGACAAAUCCGCAGCUUUGGCCGCCGUUGCGGAGACCGCAGCUGGAGAUCCAAGCUACGUCGAACCUGCACCUGCUGAGGGAGAUACCACGACCACCGAGAACCCUCAACCACAGUCCCACAUUGCGAGCAAACCAUAUGGCGGAAAGAUGCUUAAAACGCUGGUUGCGGGCGGUCAUUUCGACCCCAAGACUAAAUCCGUCGUACCUGUGGUUCCAGCUCUGAAUUUCGCUGAUAUCCUGUAUCCAAAGAUCAAGGACUAUAUCAUUGAAUGGGCCACGGGGUCCAGCUCUUUCGUGAUACUGGCUCUUCUCGAGUCAAGUGAUUUUUCGAAGAAAAAGGAAGUUCUCAAAGCGUUGAAGGAUAAUAAGGAGAAGCUCCAAAAAGCAGCAAAGGAAGAGACGGUUGAACAGAAGGCGAGAAGAGAGGAAGCAGAAGCUGCUGAGAAGGCUGCUGGGGGUUCAGGGAAAGGAAAGAAGGGCAAAAGUGCAGAACGGAGGGAAGUGGGCAAUAAAGGCUCGGCGCUCUUGUUGGAAAAGUUAUGAUAGAUUUUCCUAAUGGAUACCCAAAAUCAUGGCAAUAUCAAGACGGUUCGUCAGGUAGCUGACAAUCCAUGCUGCAUAUUCAUGGAACAUGCGCCAGUUGGUCAUAGGCUUUAAAUAAUGUACUGCAUAUCCUCCUG